UGUCACGUCUCUCGGCCUCGCUCUCGCUCGUCGUCUUUCCUUUUUCCUCUGUUGUAUGCGAAGCCUCAGUAGGCAGAGUGACGGCAAGAGAGACGUUUUUGGACUGCGGUGGACUGCUCUUUCAAGAGUUUUUGUGUUGACCUACUAUUCAGAGAAAAAGAUGGACAGAAGAUUACCAGCGGAUUCAAUCCCUAUUUUCAACGAAGGUAUAGCUCUGGUUCUCCAUCGCUGGUCAGCUCUCCGUAUGGCUGUCGAGAACGAAUGGGGAGGCCGAGAGUCCCGCCAGAAGGCUGAAAGACUUGGCAGCGAUCUGCUUUUCUGGUUCACCCAAUCUAAAGGGCCUCUGUAUAUUGAUGACUUGGAAGAGAAGCUCGAUGAAGGUAUGGUUUCUCUCAACAUGGAGGUUGAGGAUGGCAGUAUCGAAGAGGUAGCUGAGAAACUGAUGAUUUUGCAUGAAGAAUGUCUUGAAGGUAAUUUUAGGUCCAUUGAGAUUCUAAGGGAAGCCCAUCUUAAACAAGCUGCUCACCCUCGUGCAAUGCAGGUACACAUGGUAUCGGGGUUUUUAACAGAAUUAUUGAGUUUUAUAAUCAUAUUGCUUAUAAAGUAUAUGUAUUUGCUGGGAUGCGACUCUGAAGAUGAUGAUGAUGAUGAAGAAGACAGAGCAAGGGAUAAUUCUAAUAUGGCGGUAGAAAUGCAAAUGCCAGUUAAGGAGUCCAUACCCAAGGCUGCAGCUGAAGCAGGAGACGAUGGAUGGACUGUAGUCUCAAAUAGACGGAAUAAGGGUAGAAAUUAGAGGGCAAUAGGGGAAUUCAUUUAAAGAUCCAUUAAAUCGUAUGUAUAGACUUUAGUUUUUGUUUCGUUUUGUUUGUUUGGAUUUUUUUCGUAAA